UACCGCACAAGGGUUAAUACUAGUAUAUCUACUACUAAUAUUAAUUCUAAACUGCCUCUAUCAAUCAGUCUCUCAGCGAUGGCUUCCCUGCAUAACCUUGAUGGUGAAACUGAAAACCAGGAUUUAUUCGAGGAGCUACUGAUUGAAAUAUUUCAAAGACUGCCCGUCAAAACCCUGUUGCGCUUACAGUGCGUUUGCAAAUCCUGGUUGAAUACAAUUCAAAGCCCUGAGUUUGCAAGAUCCCAACUUGAGUAUUCAUCAAAAUUCAAACCCUCUAAGGAGAAAAUCAUGCUGCAAUCGAAUCCUGGUGGUUCCUCCUCCGGUACCUCUCAGUUUUACGCCCUUGAGAGUCGUUUUCCCGAUGUCCAUGUCGAUGGUAAAGACAUAAUCCGAACUCUGAAAUUCCCAUCCAUAAUCUCCUCCGAAAACAGAGGAAGUAGUGGUGGUAAUUUUCAGAUGGUUGGCUCUUGUCACGGUUUGCUUCUGCUCGUUGACAAUUUGGAGCCACAGACAAUGUUGUUGUGGAAUCCGACUACCCAGAAAUCCAGGAUCAUUGACCCACCGUUGCCCAUCUCGGAUUCUUCUUCUUCUUCUUCUUCUUCUUCGUGUAUAAACGCAACCAAUAAUGCUGUCAUCAAUGGAUUUGGAUACGAUCCUUGUAGCCGAGAUUACAGAGUUGUUCGAAUCAUCCCAAAUGCUGAUUUCAGCCAUCAUGAAAUUCUGGUCUUUGCCUUAAAAACCAUGUCUUGGAGAAGAAUCGUCGGAACCCAUGGUUUCCCCAAAUCAUACAGAUUGGUGACUGAACAAACCCCUGGUUCCAUUGAUGGUGCCAUCUUUUUCUUAGCUGCUCCUACUCAUCAUAAUCAAAAUGGCCAUGGUUCGGCUGAAUACGUGGUGCUGCGAUUUUGUUUGGAUUCGGAGAGAUUCAUGGGCGAAAUCCUGGGGGCACCUGUGUUUGAUCCAUCCUUGUAUCCACGUGAGAUCCAGAGUGCUGUCUUCAGUGAUUGGGGUGGUGGUGUCCCUUGUUUGCACUGGAACUGGGUCUGUUAUAAACGGAAAGGCUAUAACUAUAAUCAUCCUUCUACAUUUGAGGUUUGGUUGCUCGAGGAAUUUGGCCGCCGCCAUAGCAACACCAUUAGCAGCAGUAGUUGGACUAGGAUAUUCGAACAGAUGAGUUCAUUAAGGAUUCCUCGUUACAUGGCAAAUCGCCAGUUCCUUUUUUUGAUUAAAGGAGAGACUCUGUAUUUCCGUGAUUUGUCCGAGAGACCGCGCUAUAUGGAGACGGAGGUUAAUCAAGCUGAUCCUGACAAACACUGCUGCGUUUUGAGUUCUUACGUGGAGAGUCUAGUUGAUGUGUAG